UACAUUAUUAGUCAGCGCCAUUGUUCACAGCAUCUUAAUUGCUCGACUUUUCUCUCUGUGUCUCACCAUAGAAAUCUUGGUACUUCACCGUUUUUCCUCUCUCUCUCUUGCUGCUAUUUCAGUUUAUUAUUUAAGUGAUGGAAGACAGCGGAGCUAUGGCCGCGACAGCUGGUGGUGGCGGUGGUGCUACAGCUGGCCAGGUAAUGACUGGACCUCAUGAAGUAAAGACUGCUGGUGUUCCUCUCAGUGAUUUCAUUCUUCAGUUAGAAGACUACACAACAACAAUCCCAGACUCCGUCACAGCCUAUUACCUUAAUCGAGCCGGCUUUGAUGCCUGUGACCCUCGAAUUGUUCGUCUGAUUUCUGUAGCAGCCCAAAAAUUUGUGUCCGAUGUUGUCAACGAUGCCCUCCAGCACUGCAAAAUGAGAGCUUCAGGUCAGAGUUCAAAGAAACAAGGAAAGGAUAAACGUUAUGCCUUGUCCAUGGAUGACCUCGUGCCGGCCCUUGCAGAAUAUGGAAUUAACGUGAAGAAACCCAUUUAUUUUGUGUAACUUUGUAUUUAAAAAAAAAAAAAAAAAAAG